CAGCAAACAUGGCUGCCUGCAUACGAUAGGGAGCCGACACGCCUAGUAAACGAAAAUGGCUACACAAAAGAAAAAGCUGGUCAUAGAUACCGAUGGCGGUAUAGACGAUGCACAAGCAAUCUUCAUCAUGUUGGACUCGAACGUGUAUGACGUCAUUGGUAUCACGUGCGUCAGGGGCAACAGCGGCGUGGAGCAGGUUGCACGCAAUGUUCUGAAAAUUCUCCGAGCAGCUAACAGACUGAAUGUCCCAGUUUUUUCCGGAGGUCCUUUCUCCAUUCUUGGCGAAAAAGCAAUAAAAAAUUCUUACCAAGGAGACGACGGCUUGGGAGAUUGUCCAUCAAUACAGGAACCAGAUGUUAGUGUCCUACAGACAGAAACAGCGACGGACGCGAUGAUCCGGCUAACGAAGGAACUUCCAGGGGAGAUAACUCUUAUGUGUAUUGGUCCACUUACCAACCUUGCGACAGCCCUGAAAGUGGACCCAGACUUCGGUAGCCGAUUGAGAGACUGUUUUAUUAUGGGAGGCAACUAUUAUGGAAAAGGUAACAUAACAGUGAGUGCAGAAUUCAACUUUCACGCUGACCCAGAGGCAGCUUACAUAGCUCUGGAACAAGUGGGAUGUCCCACCACACUAGUUGGCUGGGAAGUUUGUGAGGAAAACGGACCCACCUGGGAUCAGUAUCACCAACUACGGAGUUUCCCUGGGAAGCGAAAUCAAUUCCUGAAGGCUAUUGAAGAUAAACCUGUCGCCUUUUCUAUCAAGCAGGGAUGGAACUAUUCGCCAGCUGACGAGUUUUUAGCAGCAUGUAUGGUGGACCCUUCACAUGUUGUCAUGGAAACGAAACGUGUGUACGCAACAGUAGAACUUGGCGGAAAAUUUACAUACGGACAAAUGGUGGUAGACUGGAACAAAGUUCUCAAGAGAGACCCAAAUUUAACUAUAGUUACUAAAAUCGAUAAAAACGAAUUCUUUAAUAUUCUUCUGAAUAGUGCAAAGAACGACAUUUAAAGUUUUUAAAACACCAAUAUGGUAUUAUCUAUAGUUUUCGCGAUAACUACAUCAGUUUUACACCAAAAAGAACUUUUUUGUGUACCUAGCAAAAUGUAAUGAUACGGCCUAACAUUUUUAAACCCUGAACAAUAAAAAAAAGUUCAAAACUUAAAA